AUGAGCUAUGGCUGGGUUAUAGUUCUGAGCAGUUUCCUGGUGAGUCUAAUCGUUGACGGGCUGACUUACACGUUUGGCGUGUGCCUGGGAGAGUUUGAGCGCGCCUUCAGUGCCCCAAAGAGCACGAUAGCCCUGGCCAGCUCGCUGCAAGUGGGGAUUUAUCUUCUGCUAGGUCCAGUCUACAGCGCUGUCACCAACAGAUUCGGAUGCCGUAAGGUCAUCAUCAUCGGUUCCAUCAUCGCCGGCAUCUCUUUUAUCGUCAGCUCUUGGAGCAACGGCGUCACCAUGCUCAUCCUGAUAUACGGCGUCAUUGGGGGGUUCGGGUUCGGCAUGAUGUACCUACCCGCGGUCGUCGCUGUAAGCGUAUACUUCGAGAAAAAACGCGCCCUGGCCACCGGCAUUGCCGUCUGCGGCUCCGGCAUCGGCACGUUCAUUCUGGCACCGGUCACGGAAAUCCUGCUCAACGAGUACGGCUGGAGAUGGACGCUGAUGAUCCUGGGUGCCAUCAUCUUGAACGGCAUCGUCGCGGGGGGUCUGGUGAGACCCCUGGAGAUGAAAUCUAGUUCGGAGGAGAAGGCGGUCUCCGACAAGAAGAAGAAGAAGCUGGGCGCCGUGAAUGGGGAUAAGAAAGAGGCGAUGCCGUUGAUAACGGUGACGGAUGAGGAGGCGAACACGAAGGUGUUCGGGGCGAAGAAGACGCAGGAUAGGCUGAUGGUGCAGGAUGCUAACGUGUUGUCGAACUCAACGCCGAAUAUUGUUAUCGAGGUGUCCGAUCUGAAAGAGGAAGUGCUGUACAAGAGGAACCGCGCCAACUCCACCCAGAGCGGGACCCUGAUCUCUGACGACAAGCCCCGGCAGAGAUCCAACACGCUGGACGCCGCCAAACUGUCCAGCACGGCGGUUGACAAGCCCGUCGGUGGCGCCACCUCCCACAAAAGCCUCUCGCACGCGCCACUAGGUCUGUCAUAUGUCAGCAUCUCCGACAUGCAGCUGAACAAGAUCCGCGACCAGGUGCAGGUGACUCUCUCUAGGAAAGACCUUCACCUUGCCGGUUCAUUGGCUGACGGGUUGGAGGUCAAUCUACGUCAGGGCGGGGAGAGGCUGGUGGUGCAGAGUAUAAAAUCUUUAUCAAGCGAAGGUUCCACGAUAUUGUAUGAGGAGAAUGAAGAAAAAAAAGGAGGGUUCUGGAAAUGUCUUCCAGAAUCUGCCAGAGAAACGGUCGAGGAGAUGCUUAAUUUAGAUAUUUUAAAGAAUAAAAGUUUUUGGUUUGUCCUACUUGGCAACUUCUUCUGUAUGAUUGGCUUCUACGUGCCCUUUGUUUAUGUGCCAGAGAGGGCAUUAAAGAUAGGAAUAGGACCCGAGGAAUCCGCUUUUCUUUUAUCCAUUAUUGGUAUCACCAACACUGUCGGUCGAGUAGCCACCGGUGUGAUCAUCAACUUUGUCAACAUCAAGAGCGUCAUGGUGACCAGUGUCGCCCUCUGUCUGUGUGGGGUCAUGACCAUCGUGUUUCCCUUCUGCCACAACUACGGGUCUCUGGCUGCCGUGGCGGCCAUAUUUGGUCUCUGUGUCGCGGCGUAUAUCUCCCUGUGUUCCAUCAUACUGUGUGAGCUUCUGGGUGUUGAAAAUCUGACCAACGCCUUUGGCUAUGUCAUCCUGUUUAGAGGGAUCGCCUGCAUCAUAGGGCCGCCUAUGGCAGGUGCCAUCAUCGAUGCCAUGGGAGUGUUCGACCCCGCCUUUUUCGUGGGUGGAGGCAUGAUCGUCCUGGGCGGCCUGUCCCACUUCGUUUUAUACGCACCCUGCAUCAAGCCAAAGAAAUCCUAACCGGCCAUCCAACGUUGUCGGCCUUUACAUUAUCGGCAUGUCCACCAUAGAAUCCAUUAUUUUAAACGUGCUGAACAAAACCAGUUUGAAUGCAUAGGUAAAUGUGUUAUACAACAUUAGUGUUGAGUGCUGAGCCUGUUUUUUUUUAAAUUAGCCACACAUGACUUAAUUAUCAUCAUUGUUGAAUUUUUUUUUAAAGUAUUUUUUAGAGUAUUCAUCAAAAUGUAUUUCAAAUUACGUUAUGUUUUGUGUGUUUUCUUUAUAAAAAAAUAUACC